AUGGACGUUUUGGUAACUCCACCUUCUUCCGACUACGGCGAAUGGAAGGCGCAAAUCAUCGAGUUCAACGGCUUGGGUGCGCAUCGGAACACUGGCAGUGAUCUCUUCCACUGGGUCACCGACCACGACAUCUUGUGUGGAAAACCUCCCGGAGUCACCGUCAGAUCUGCGGACGACUGGGAAGAGGGUACAAUGGAAAAUAUUGUUAAUCGGGAGAAGAAAGUCAGAGGCGACACAGAGCAUGAAGAUACUGAGAGCAAUCAACCACCUCCUGAAGCCCUACCCGAGGCGACAGAGCCAGACUGGCUCGUCCUCGAGUAUAAGCUUCCAAGCAUCUGGUACUCUUGUUGGUGGAGGAUGCUGACCAGGUUCGGAGGAGUGAUUGGCCGUCAGCGCAUCAUCGCAUCCGGUCGCACAGAGGUGGCGAGCGAUCUCAUCAUGCGCGACACCUUUGCGGUAGAGCAGCGCUCGGAGCCGAUGGUUCUCAAGUUCAAGAGCCUUGGCAGCCCGUUGAAGUUCGAUGCUGGCCUGAAUCCCCUCGCGCUCGAAACGGGCGACCUUCUCUUGUAG